AUGUCACCGCCAAAAAAUAACAGUAGGAAAUUUAAUAAACCAAGUCGUGGUACUGGCCAUAGAUUUACUAAUGCACGAAUUCUUGCUGAAGAUGAAAGAAGGUUGAAUAAUAAAUCGGCAACAAAUCUUAUAGAGAUAGAUAAUCCAAAUAGAACAUUGAGGAAAGAUAAUUUAAAAGCAUCAGAUAUGUCAAAUAUAACACCUGAGAUGUCUCGCAGCAGAAAAAGAAGCAGCGAGGCAAAGAUAUUGGAAGUUGCAUAA